AUGGGGCGCAAUGAAAACCAUUCUCAGCGAGUAAAUUUGCACAUUUCUGGCCCAAAUAAAAUCAAAUAUACUUUACCAGUUCGCACGGUGAAACAACUAUCUUUGCCCAGCCAAAGCAUUAAUUAUAAAAAUUUGUGUAACCAAUAUCCACAUCUUAAAGGUUUACCUAUAAAUGAUUUUACAAAUGCUGAACCAAGUGUUUUAUUAGGCAUAAAUAAUUUGAAGUUUUGUAUACCAACACGAGUAAAAGAAGGUAAAAAUAAUGAGCCCAUUGCUAUUCGUACACGCCUCGGGUGGCUUUUAUGUGGUAACUCGAAUAUUGACCAAACAAAACAAAUUGAAUAUAAUUUUCAUACAUGUGAAUGCGAUUGCCAAAAUGAAAAUAAACUUAAUUAUUUAAUAAAACAGUUUUAUUCUCUUGAGAUGGCUGGUAUUACUAAUACAACUUCUAUGAUUGGUAAAGAUGACCAAAAAGCAAUCGAUUUAUUAGAAAAACAUACUAAACAAAUAUCCAAUGGCCAUUAUGAAACAGCUUUACUGUGGCGAUAUAAUAAUGUCAAAUUACCCCAAAGCUUUGAUAUGGCUAAGAAAAGAUUACUGUGCCUUGAGAAAUCUUUGAAAAACAAUAGAGAAUUAUUUGAUAUAUUUAAAAAAACAAUUACAGAAUAUUUAAAUAAAGGAUAUAUAACAAAAGUCAAGCAAAACUAUAAUGAUGAAAAAAUAGAUCAAAAUGUGUGGUAUUUGCCAAUCUUUCCUGUGUUCAAUAAAAAUAAACCGAAUAAAACCAGAAUAGUAUGGGACGCAGCAGCAAAAUCGAAUGGUGUUUCAUUAAAUAAUUUUCUGCUCAAAGGUCCUGACAUGUUGGCGUCGCUUCCAUCUAUUCUAUUUCGAUUCCGUCAAAGAAAAGUAGCUGUAUGCGGUGAUAUAGAACAAAUGUUUCAUCAGAUUUUUAUUCGCAAAGAAGAUCGUAAUGUACAGCGGUUUUUGUGGCGCAGUUGUGAUGAAAAUAAAGAACCAGAUGUGUACAUUAUGAAUGUGUUGAUUUUUGGAGCAUCAUGUGCACCUUGUAUAUCACAAUACGUAAAAAACCUAAAUGCGUCAAAAUUUGAAAAUAAAUAUCCUGAAGCCGCUGCUGCCAUAAAAGAUAAUCACUAUGUAGAUGAUUUUUUAGCUUCGACGGAUAGUAUAGAAGAAGCCAGUAAACUAGCAAAAGAUGUUAGAUACAUCCAUAGUCAAGCCGGUUUUAACAUUAGAAAUUGGUGUUCUAAUAGCAACAUUGUAUUACAAGAUUUAAAUUCAAAGAAAUCCACCAAUAAUAUUUGCCUAAAUAUUAGCGAUGGCCUUGAUACAGAAAAAGUGCUUGGCGUAUUCUGGGUUCCCGUUGACGAUAUGAUAACAUUUAAACUUUCAUUAUCAAUUCUAAAUAGUGACAUUUUCCUCGGGAAAAAACAGCCAACAAAACGAGAAGUUUUAAGAAUUUUAAUGAGUAUAUACGACCCCCUAGGUCUAAUUGGAAAUGUUCUUAUGUACUUAAAGAUUGUUCUACAGGAAGUAUGGAGAAGUGGUGUAGAAUGGGAUGAACCCAUUUUAGAAGAGCAACACAUUAAAUGGAAAAACUGGAUAACAUUUUUACCACAAUUAAACAAAAUUAAUAUACCCCGUUGCUAUCUUCAAGAAUUACCAAAUUACAACAACAUUGACGUUCAGUUACACACAUUCGUUGAUGCUAGCGAAAAUGGCUAUGCUGCUGUGUCGUAUUUUAGAAUCUUUAAUGGUAAUAAAGUUGUCGUAUCAUUAAUUGGGUCGAAAACUAGAGUCGCACCAUUGAAAGUAGUUUCAAUACCACGAUUAGAACUGAUGGCGGCUGUAAUUGGUGCCCGAUUUGCCAAUACCAUUAUUCAAAAUCAUUCUGUCAAUAUUAAUCGAAAGGUAUUUUGGUCAGAUUCGCAAACUGUCUUGAGUUGGAUACGCUCAGACCACCGAAAAUAUCAUCAGUUUGUUGCCGUACGAAUAAGCGAGAUUUUAGACAAUUCCGAGAUAAACGAAUGGUUAUGGAUAUCUGGGAAAAAUAAUGUGGCUGAUGAAGCAACUAAGUGGGCGAAGAAACCAGAUAUAUCAGAUUCUAGUCGCUGGAUUAAUGGUCCAGAAUUUCUUAAAUUUCCUGAAAAUAAAUGGCAAUUUAAAAUUACAAAUUUAUUACAAACAGAACUGGAAUUGAAACAACAUAGUCUGCUUAUACAAAGUGAAGAACUAUUUAUUAACGUUGAACGCUUUUCUCGCUGGUGUAGAGUUUUACGAACGACUGCAUUUGUAAUUCGCUUUUGUAAUCGUCUGAAAACCAAACAAAUAGCUGGAAAUGAUGCGGAGUUAACACAAGAUGAAUUAUUCAAGGCCGAAUUAAUUUUAUUGAAACAAGCUCAACAACAAACGUUUUGUAAUGAAAUAAAGUGUAUUCAACAGAACAAAAAUUUACCAAAAACUAGUUUUUUAUAUAAACUAUCUCCAUUUAUUGAUAAUACUGGUGUACUUCGUGUGGCUGGAAGGAUUGAAAAUGCAGACAUACCUGAAGAAUUUAAGCAUCCAGCUAUUUUACCAAAAUAUUGUCGCAUUACAAAACUACUAAUAUUGCACUACCAUAAUAUUUACCAUCACAUUAACCACGAGACCGUCGUAAAUGAAAUACGGCAAAGAUAUUAUAUCCCAAAACUAAGAGUUGUUUGUAAACUUGUUGUACGACAAUGCCAGAUGUGUAAAGUGAAAAAUGUUUUGCCAGUGUUUCCUCAAAUGGCUAAGUUGCCCAGAGCUCGCCUUGGUGCCUUUCAGUCGCCUUUCACUUUUACGGGUCUGGAUUUUUUUGGUCCCCUAUAUGUUACAGUGAAUCGCCAUAAGGAAAAAAGAUAUGGCGCUUUAUUUACAUGCCUGACAAUUAGAGCUGUCCACAUUGAAAUUGUCCAUACUCUCAACACAAGCUCAUGUAUUAUGGCGAUCCGUAAUUUUACUGCACGUCGAGGACAACCAAGAGAAUUUUUCAGCGAUAAUGGGACAAACUUUGUGGGGGCUGAUCGUGAAUUACAGGAAGCAUUCAAGGAGGUGAACAAAAAUGAAUUGGUUCGUAACUUUACCAAUUCAAUUACAAAGUGGAAUUUUAACCCACCAUCUGCCCCCCAUAUGGGCGGGGCCUGGGAACGUUUGGUCCGUUCUGUAAAAACGGUCCUUUACAAAAUAAAACAUGAAAGGUGCCCAUGUGAUGAAACGUUAAAAAGUAUGAUGGCUGAGGUGGAAACCAUUAUUAACUCCCGACCAUUAACUUAUGUUCCAGUUGAAAGCGAAAAUGGAGAAGCCAUAACACCUAAUCACUUUCUUUUGGGAAGUUCAAAUGGCAUUAAGCCUCUUGCUACAUAUGAUGAUGACGGUGUUGUUUUGCGAGAAUGUUGGUUACGUUGUCAGCAGUAUGCAGAUAUAUUUUGGAGAAGAUGGGUGACCGAAUAUUUGCCAACAUUAACUUGCAGAUCGAAGUGGUUCGAGAAAGCUAAACCAUUAGCUAUUGGCGAAUUGGUGGUAGUGGUUGACCCUGCAAAUCCAAGGAAUGUGUGGCCCAAAGGACGAAUCAUAGAAGUAUACAAGUCUGCAGAUGGUCAAGUACGUAAAGCUAAAGUCAUGACGACGUCUGGUAUUUUAGAGAGACCUGCAGCUAAACUGGCAGUUUUGAACGUGGCUCAGCAAAUGGAGUAA